AUGCCCAUCACAAUCCAUGCGCCGAAACCCACGCCGCAGGUGCACACCAACACAGUCUAUGCAUCCGACUCAGACUCAGACGACGGCGGCGUCGAUCUCGAUGGCGACCUCAGCAUGAGCCGCCCCGCCAAGCGCGCCCGCAAUGCUGGCCACCAUGAUAUCGUCACGCCCGGCGAGGUCAUCACCGACGACCCCCAGUGGAUGCGAGGCCACGGCACGUACGUCAGCGCGGCCGACGGCUCCAUCGUCUCGUCCGUCGCCGGCACCAUCACCCGCACCAACAAGCUGCUGUCAGUGCGGCCGCUGCGCGCCCGGUACACGCCCGAGAUUGGCGACCUCGUCGUCGGGCGCAUCGUCGAGGUGCAGCCGAAGCGGUGGCGCGUCGACGUCGGCGCCUCGCAGCUCGCGACGCUGCAAAUCUCCGCCAUCAACCUCCCCGGCGGCAUCCUGCGCAAGCGCACCGACACGGACGAGCUGCAGAUCCGCUCCUUCUUCGCCGAGGGCGACCUGCUCGUCGCCGAGGUCCAGACGCUGCACGCCGAGGGCGGCGCCAGCCUGCACACGCGCUCCCUGCGCUACGGCAAGCUGCGCAACGGCCUCUUCUGCGCCGUCAGCGGCACCGGCGGCGGCGGCGCCGGUGUUGUCCGCGCCAAGAGGCAGAGCUUCGCCGUCGACGCCUCGGCCCGCGGCGCCGACCAGAUCGAGGUCACGCUCGGCGUCAACGGCUACAUCUGGAUCAGCAAGCUCGUCAAGGCCGACGGCGAGAGCGCCGCCGGAGCCGGCGAGGUCGUCGGCCUCAACCGCAUGGAGGACACGGUCAGCGCCAACGUCUACUCGAGCCAGAACGACCGCAUCGAUACGGAGACGAUGCGCGAGAUUUCGCGCAUACGCAGUGUCAUCAUGGCCCUCGUCGAGAACGGCCUGCGCGUGGAUGAGGAGACGGUCUCGACUGGGUAUCAGAUUGCUGUCGACAUGGGACACGAGAGUGCUGAGGACGACAUUUACCUCGGUGGCGAGAGGGGGCAGAGGCUGGCGGCUGCCAUGAUCGCGAGCGAGGCCUGA